AUGUUUGUCGGAAUUGAAAUGCCCAGCGGAAGUAAAUAUCAUCCUCGGUUUGUUGCUGUUUUGGCUAUGUCAAUAUGUGCUGAAAUAAUGCACAUUAAUGGAAUUUAUGAAAGCUGGCCACAUUUUAAGAAUCUUUGCUUGUCACUUGCAAUCUAUUCACUCAUUAUACAGCAGGUAGCAAGACUUAUAAAUCGAAAUAUUCUAGAUGACGAAGCAAAGAUUAAAAAUUUGCAAAUGUUGGCUCUUAAUUUUUACAAGCGAGAGGAACUUGACGAAACUAAUAUUCAAAUAUUGAAAGCUGGAAUAAAGAAAACUAAAUUCAUAUUGGAAUGGUAUUUGACAUUCAGCUUUAUUGUCUAUCACAUUCCAAUUGUAACGUCAUGGAUUAUCAGCUAUAUCAAUGAUCAGAACAUAAUUUUUGGUGAACUUAAACUGCCAUUCACAACUUUAAAUACACGAUUUGAGUUUAUUAUUAAUAGCUUGCUCGUCUUCAUCAUGAGUUUUGUUGUUUUUGUGCUGUUUAUGCUGUCAGAUAUGAUAUUUAUCUACCAAACUUAUCAAUUGAUUCCAAUGUCUGAAAUUUUCACCAGAAAGCUACAAUUACUUGGCAAAAAAAUAAUUGAUCAGAAGAACUUGAUAAACAUCCGAGCAUUGACAGUAAUUUAUUAUAAAAGAAAACUUCAAAAGCAAUCGGUGAAUGAAAGUUUGAUCCUUGAGAGAAAUCUUUUAGAAAUUGAAGAUCAGAUGUAUGAAAUUAUUAAGGAACACGAAAUUUACAACAACUAUAUCAAGAAGAUUAUUGAUUCCUAUCAAUACACAGCAUUUAUGGCAUUAUCACUAAAUUCUAUUGCUUUAAGUUUGUCAUUAAUUACGAUAAGAUUUGUCUCAAUUCCAAUUGGAUGUGCUUUGUCAGUAAUUCUUUUAUUUCAAGUUCUGCUGCCUUGUGCAAAUGGACAUUUGAUUAAUAAGCAAAAUGAUAAGUUUCUAGAUGCUGUUAAUGACUUUCCUUGGUAUGAAUUGUCAGUCAAAAAGAGGAAGAUAUUUCUGCAGUUUCUAUUGCUUUUGGCUAGAUUAUUGAAUCGAGUCAAUCUUGAUGAUGAAAAGAGAAUAUCAGAUUUGAAGAAUUUAGUGAUCAAUUUUUACAAGCAAGAGGAAGUGAAUGAAAAGAUCCUUCCAAUAUUAAAAAGUGGAGUGAAAAAUACAAAAUAUGUCAUCCAGUUAUACUUGGCAUUAAGUUCUAUCAUAUAUCAUAUUCCAAUCAUUGCUUCAUGGAUCAUCAGCUACAAAAAUGGUGUCUUUGAAAUGUUUGCUGAAUUAAAGUUGCCAUACAUAACCAAUGAAAAUUUAACAGAGUUUGUGAUCAACAGUUUCUUUGUAUUAAUGACAUCAACAGCAAUGUACUUAUCAUUUAUGAUUCAAGACAUGACUUUCAUCUUUCAUAGUUCUCAAACAGUUUCAAUGGCUGAUGUUUUGAUCUACAAACUUCAAAUGUUGGGAAUUAAAUUAACAAACUCCAAGAAAACUGCUGAAAAGAAGUUACUGGAAGUAUCUUGUACAAGUUUAAGAAAUUACCAAAUUACUCAGUAUAUAAAGUACAAUAAAAUUUUGGAAAAUACUGAAGAUGAAUUGGAUCAAAUAAUUAAAGAACAUGAAAAGUUCAAUAACUAUUUAUCGCAAAUGAUUACGUCUUAUCAAUAUACUGCUUUUAUGGCUUUAUCAUUCAAUUCUGUCGCACUUGGUUUGUCAAUAAUUUCUGCAAGAUUUGUGUCUAUUCCAAUUGGAUGUGCUGCAUCGCUCAUAAUUGUUUUUCAAGUUCUUUUGCCUUGUACAAAUGGACAAUUGAUAAUAAGACAAAAUGAGAAGUUUUUGAAUGCUGUUUAUGACUUUCCGUGGUAUGAAUUGUCAGUUCGAAAAAGGAAGACAUUUUUGCAAUUUCUUUUGAUUUGUCAACAUACAAGUAAGCUGACUGUUCCUAUUAUUGGGAAUGUGGAUAUGAAUCUGUUUACUAACUUCGUUAAUGCAUCUUAUUCAUAUUUUAUGUUUUUGAUUAAGUUUGUCAAGAAUUAA